CCUUGCUUAAGAUUGACAGUCAAUAGUCGCUCGCGGUGGGGAGGUGUAAUUCUACAGAAAGAAAACUUCUGAGGCAGUUAUCUUCCUCAGUUUUCGAAUCCGGUUACUACAGUUCCGUAUGCUUUGGACGCCACGGGAAAAGAAGCAGGGAGGUCCGAGGAAGGAAAUACACGUCGAAAAAGAUAAUAUAGGAGGAAUAUUUAUAUUUAAUGGCUGCUGGGGAUGGUUCCCAGCUACCGGCGACUAUAGCGGCCAGCCGGAGCGUGGAGAAAGCGCUCGAGGAGGCCGCCUCGAGCGGGGUUCUCAACCUGUCUAACCGCAAACUGAAGGAGUUUCCCCGAACCGCCAAGAACCACGACUUAUCCGAUAUCACUCAUGCAGACUUGUCAAAGAAUCGUCUAUGUGAACUGCCUGAGGAGCUCUGCCAGUUCAUCUCCUUGGAAACACUUAGCCUGUACCAUAACUGCGUUCGCUCCAUUGCCCCAGCUGUCUGCAACCUCCAGGCCCUCACCUACCUCAAUAUCAGCCGUAACCAGCUAUCCAGCCUGCCCGAGUCUGUGUGUCAGCUCCCCUUGCUGCGGGUACUCAUCGUUAGCAACAACAAGCUCACCUCGCUGCCGACCUCCAUACACAGCCUCACUCACCUGCGGCAGCUGGAUGUGAGCUGUAAUGAGCUCCAGGGGCUACCUGUGGAGAUGGGGCAGCUGGAGGCUCUGCGGGACCUGAACCUGAGGCGGAACCAGCUCACCACCCUGCCUGAAGAGCUCUCAGAGUUACCCCUUGUUCGCCUGGACGUGUCCUGCAACCGUGUCUCUCGGGUCCCCGUGUGCUACCGCCACCUUCGCCACCUUCAGACCAUUGCCCUCGACAACAACCCCCUACAGUCACCGCCCGCCCAGAUUUGCUCUAAGGGAAAAUUCCACAUAUUCAAGUUCCUGAAUAUUGAGGCAUGUAAGACAACGCAGGAAGAGCUAGAGAGAGCACUGAGACCCACAGGCUUCAACACCUGCCUAUCAGACCAGGAGCUGUUUCCUCCGCGGCAGUACAGUGGUUUGGACUCUGGAUUCAACAGUGUAGACAGUGUCAGUAAACGGUGGUCAGGGAAUGAGUCUGCAGAUGAUUUCUCUGAGCUGUCCCUGAGGAUGGCAGAGAUUUCCCGGGACCAGAGGAACCUGCGGGAGGAGGGUGAGCGUGACCCUCUGGCAGGGAGAGUGCCGGCAGUGAAUGGUGUGGUGGAGCAGCUGGAUUUCACAGAGGAAGAACCCAGUGCUGCAUCUCCGCAGGAGAGAAGCGAGACACUUCCUCACAGUUUGGACUCGUCUCCAAACAGCCGCAGGUCCAGUGCAAGUGGAGACGUUAGUGAUAGGGGCUCAUCAGCCACCCCCUCCAGCCAGUCCCCCGAGGAGCGCCGUCAACCCGGCACCCUGCAAAUCUGGCAGGAACGGGAACGGGCACAGCAGCAGAGGGAGAAAGCAAGGGAUAGCAGCUUAUUGAAACCAGCAGCAAAAACAGGAAGUCAUGCAGCCGCAGCAGCCCAGACAGGAAGCACAGGGGGUGGAUCUCCAGAUACUAGGCCCUCAUCCAAUGGCCUUCGGCAGAGAUCUUCAAGUGCGCAGAAUAUGGAGCAAGUGACGUCUCGUUCUCCCAGCUUGCAGCGCUCAGGCAGCCGAUCAGAUGUACCUCUGUCUCCAAAGGCCAGCUCACCCACGGGAACAAACCAGAAGCCUAGCAGCUUCCUGUUCCGUGCCACAUCUCGCUGCAAUGUGAAAGCUUCAGGCUCGGUGCAAUGUCUAGCAGAUUCUGGCCGUAGUGAUUCCAAGCCCUCGCUGCGCUCAGCUCGAGAAGAUAAGCAGGACAUCACACAGCUUCGCAAGACUCUAGAGUCCCGACUGAAGAUCUCUCUCCCAGAGGACUUGGGCGAGACACUGUCCAACGGUACCAUUCUCUGCCAGCUGGUGAAUCACAUCCGUCCACGUUCAGUGUCAAUCAUCCAUAUACCGUCCCCUGCUGUGCCAAAGCUCAGCACCGCAAAGUGUCGCCUCAAUGUGGAAAACUUCAUCGCCGCCUGCCGUAAACUUGGCAUCCCAGAGACGGAGGUGUGUUUGUCUUCUGACGUGUUGCGCUGUAACCCGCGUGCCGUACUACGCGCCGUGGAGGCCUUGGUGGCCCUGGGCCGGGAUGGGCCAUCUCAGGACGUCCGCCCCAUCGCCUCACUGCUCUCGCCUGGCUUCCUGCUCUUCUACUGCCUGGCCAUGGGCCUGCUGUACCUGCUGUACUGCCGCCUUGCUGCCUAAAACACACACUGAGUCACACCCAGCUGCACACCAAUGGACACUUUAGAAAGGUUUCUCCACGCUUACACGGAGCCGGCAUGUGCAGACCUACGACUUGUGCAAAUAAUCUGAGCCGGCCUCAAGCCGUCUCUUGGGAGACCGGACGUUGCCCAGCACGCACUGUAUGAUUAAGCCAGGCGUAUCGCUUCCAGCUCUGUGUGCAGAGGUACUGGAGAGAGGCGUAGAGCCCUGCUCUGGUCUCACGGGGCCCACGGGCCAGACGUUCACAAAGAGCUAAUGCUGAUAUGCAAUUAGGCUCAGCUGGGCAGGUGUGCCUGUAAUCUACCAUCUCUUAUGCUAACUGCCACAUGCAGCACACAGGCCUCUGCCGCUACCCUUAGGCACCAAAUAUAUAGGAGGUUUGGCAUGAUAAUUGAAAAAAUCAUCUGUUAAUCAUUGUGGAACCAUAACUUUCAAGCCCUUGCAGCACAAGUAAUUUAGUUUUUCUUGUGAGUUUGAACUGCAGGUAUGGAUCUAUUUUACAAGGUCAAAAAUCAAACUAGUUGCUUCUUCAAAAGUUAAUAAUGAACUGGCCUGUCUACAGUAGUGUCUUUCAGCAGAGUCUUUGGGGACUCAGACGGUCCACAUUUUUGCUCCCUCCCAGCUCCCGGUGGCAAAAACGUGGACUGUCAGAGGGUCCCUGAGGACCGGUUUGAGACACUUGUAUACAAGUUUCAUUGCUUCAUUGCCCCAGUUUCCUAGCCUUGAUUUACUCCACUGACUUUCUUUAAAAUGAAUAUGAACUGUGACCAGCAGGGGGCAAUGUUUGCAUACUCCCUGAACACAUUGUAAUUAGAAGGUACGGAUUAAUUUCCAAGCUUGUAAGAUUUUUUCACCAUGUGUAAAUUUAAAAACUUAAGUUAUUUUUAUUUUAAUUUAUUUAAUGCUACCAAGAAGUUUUAGGAGGUAGUGGAUGCUUCACAUUUCUCUUAACUACUGUAUUGUAGUGAUCACGGUUAUUGGUUUUCAGUUACUGCAAAACCCUCAAUAUUUCAAGUAGUGAUAUCCUUUAACUGCCCAUUUAAAGUCAGAGUGUCAUACUGUGAACAGCAGCACUGCUUAAUGCUCUGUCGUCUGAGCUGCAGGGUCUAUUACUUAGUGGUUCCACAAUCUAGCCAGUGUACCUGUGCUGGGGCACUUACAGGGCUAAUGGUCUGCCCACUCAGUUACUCUUGCAGUAUAGACAUUAUAGUUAAUGAAACAUCUAGGUUCUUCCCCAAAAUUAGUGUUUAUCAGUUCUAAAUUACCUGCGUAGCUGACACUGACAGUGUAAUGUAACUUCUCUACUUGCACACAGUGGAGUCAUAUUGUUAUUCAGGUGUUCAUGUCAUUAAUCAGCGAGACAUUCCUGAAAUCUAGCCAGAGGGUAAAUGCAAUAUAUUACAAUACUCGUUCAAUUAAAAAAGUUUGGGUAGCCCUCCGCCACCCUACCUUUAAAGACUGCAUCACUUCAGGUCACUUCCGUCUUCUGUAAAAUCUGAUUAUAUGCUGUAUGGUCUCUAGAAGCUUCACUCACCCAUUUUGUGCCGUUGCAGUCCUUUAGACAAUGAACAUUUGAAAUGGAAGCAUGGAGAUAGAGAGCAACUGUGAUGUUGUGAAGGUAGUCUUUGCCACACUGGUGGAGAGUACUGUCCCAGGACAUUGGUUAAAUGUUUGCUUUUAUCUUUGUUGCAUCAUUUUAAAAUAAUCAGUUAUUUGGAUUCAGCCUUUAAAAUUGACAACCAAAUGCUAGAGUUUUGAAGCAAAUCUAACUGAGCUUUGCAGCCACUAAGCCUUUCAACCACAGAUAGAUAAAUGUCUUAUGUGCUGAUUAAAUUAACCCAUUGCAGAGAACUUGUAUUUUGUAAUAUUUAUAUCUAUGUAUUUAAUGAGAAGUUUAAAAGAAUACGAGUUUAUAUAUAUAUAUGAGCUGUUUCUUUUAUUGUAAAGAAUAUAUUAAAAAGCACCUCUUUGAUUUAAAAAAAGCUCAAUGUUCCAUGUUUUGUCUGCUUGUGUCAUUUGUGUUUAUUGUUUCUGUAUCUGCUCAAAGCAUUGCUAAUGAUUGCUUUUAAUGCUUCCCUGUUAUUUAACAGAUACAGUAAUAUAAAAUGUUAUUGAGCGAAGGUAAUGUUAGUUUGCCUCAUAACUAUUACUUGCUGUGUCUGAAAUUAUAGGCCACUUUUUUUCUUUUUUUUUUUUUUUCCCUUCCCUGAAGUCAGCAGUAUUGUGAUAAAUAUUUGUGAAAAUUUGUUCUCGAGCAACCAAGUACAAUUAACUCUCAGGCUAGAGUUGCAGCAAGGCCCCUAACAGAGAAGGUGAGUCACUGCAGCUGGUCGUCUGGAAUUCAACUGCAUGCUGGGUGGUGGUGUUUAGUCAACUGGGUCAUUGUACUAACCCCUGCUGCUGCGGUCCUUUUUUCUCUUGCUCUUCUUUCCACUCUAUCUGUAUCUGCUUGCUGCAGCUCAGGUAACUAAUCAUUGGAUGCUAGUUUAUUUCCGUAAUAUGCUAUUGUGAGAGCUGUAGCAGAUGCUGGGUUCUGCAUGUUGGCUCUGAUGGCCCAGAUAAUGGAGUCUCGUUUCCAUAGCUGUUUGGGUUAUUGGUACGAAUCCAUCUAGUUUUUUCAUUAUCCUAACUAAACCAGGUGCUUUGGGGUAAGCGGUUAAACUCAGUUGUGGCAGCUCUGCUCACUGCCCAUGCAUUAGAGUGGAGCAUCAACACUGCUGAUUGAAUGCAUGUCAGAUAUGGCAACCAUGGUACCAGUAUACCCAUGUGGAUGAUCGACUUGGUACCAGUAUACCCAUGUGGAUGAUCGACUUGGUACCAGUAUACCCAUGUGGAUGAUCGACUUGGUACCAGUAAACCCAUGUGGAUGCUAAGCUUGGUACCAGUAUACCCGUGUGAAUGCUGAGCUUGGUACCAGUAUACCCGUGUGGAUGCUGAGCUUGGUACCAGUAUACCCGUGUGGAUGAUCGACUUGGUACCAGUAUACCCGUGUGGAUGCUGAGCUUGGUACCAGUAAGAACCUCAACCAAGAAAUGUAGAUUAAACCCUGGACAGUGUCUGUACAGGAACUGAUAAAAACCUGAUGGAUUCUGGUGUUGAUGGAUUAGGCUGGCAUGUGAGCGGUAUUUACUAUGGGUCUUUGGCCAUUGUGAUCUUGAAUAUGCAGCCAAAAGAAGUUAAACUGAGACUACGAUGAGAUUUUGUUUCCUAAAGAAAAGAUACCUUAUGAAGACACCCUCUUUCUGUUUGACUUUAAACGCUUCAAAGAAUGGUCAAA